AUGAGCGUCCGUGAUGAACUGGUGGGGAAGCUAACAGCAGCGCUGGCCGAGGUUCAGCGGCGCAAUGUCUCAUCCUCGAAUAUCACUCUUGAUAGUAAACUGCUUGAGGCAGUCGCCGAUUACAUUGAACAGGGUGUGGGGGGACAGACGACCUUACAACGACUACAUGGAGUUCUACUGCAGACGGCAGCAGCUUCAGAGGAUGUCUUUUCUGCGGUGGAAAGAAGUGGAAGUGUUGUUGCAGGAGAGGUGGUGUCUUUGGAGGUGUCCGCAGAGGAACUGGGACGACGGCGUGCGGGGCGUCUUCUUGCGCAGGCACUGGCGUUACGGUUCAGGUAA